GAAAGCUGAUUUCGUUUUGAUUUGGGAUCUGUCGUUGUGUUCGCCAGUGGGAUUCCUUGGUAGCAGGGGUUAAGAAGCAGGAUGUGGAACACUCCAGGGUCCACGGUCCAGGGCAAGUUUCGACUCUAAUAGGCUAAAUCCUAUCGCAACUAAUCCUUUUUAGUUAAUAUUAGCGCAACUAUCCGUGUUUGUUCGAAAAUAAAAUGUUUGGUUAAUGGAAUAACGAGGAAGAUCUGCCCGUUUCAAUGUCCAAACAAAGCAUAAAGCUAUUGUGAUUGGCAAGAAAUAUCUUUUAGGAUAUCGUAAAACUUUCGUUCCUUGUGAUUUAUGAGCUUAGUUUGUAGCAAUGAGCUCCUAAGGUUCUUAGGUGUUAAUGGCUAUGCGCUGGGGACUAGAAGUUUAUAUAUCAUAUUAUCAUCAAUGUGGGAAAGGGAAAACGAAGGAACAUCAUGUUCUGUUUGGUUCUUACAUUGCGAUAAUUUUUUUUAAUCUUGAUUUCAUAUUCUGCUUUACUUUAUCUUGACAAGGUUGGGGCCUUUGAUCACAAGUAUUACAUGCAUGGUUUACUAUCAUUGCUCCUAUCAGGUGGAUCGAAUGAUCAGUGCUUCAACUAUGAAUCUUCAUCUAGUAAGGGAGGGUAUUUCAGCAAUAGAAUUCGAUAAAAAGGGAAUAUACCUUGCAUCGGUGACAUUCUCAGGAUGUUUGACCGUGCAUGACUUUGAGACUUUAUACUGCUCCAUAUAUGGCCGAUCAUGCAGUACGCCAAAUGACUCUUCAAAUUAUGUGCUCCAUAUAUCUAACCGAAUGCCUCUGAAUGCUGUCCGAUGGAAUCCAGAAAACCAAGAUGAGAUUGCUUGCACAUCAAGUCAAAGUGAUAAAGUUUUCCUCUUUGAUAUUGGCUAUGUCUCAUCUGCACCGACUGAAAUUUUGCAGAAAGGCAAAUCCAAAUUUCCCACUCUCUACUCUGAAUCCCGCAAAAGUUUGACUGAUAUAGCUUUUACUUCAGAUGAUAAGUCACGGAUAUUUGCGUCUGGCCUUGAUGGGGCAGUGUACAUGUGGGACAGGCGGUCAAGUAAGACACAUUGUCUUGAGCUUGUGGCACCUCCAGAGUCUCAGUUCAACACUGUCAAGCUAAGUGUAGAUAAUCGGACUGUGUUCGGUGCAACUAAAAAUGGCACAAUUCAUGUCUGGGAUAUCAGGGGAGGGAGGGCGUCGGCUGCUUUUCAGAGCCACAAUGAGGUUCAACAAUUAUCAUCAGUGAAGGUAUCAACAUUGUUGGGCAAAAUUGCAUCACUAAAGGAACAAUCGAACAUUGUUUCAAGUCCAAUUCUGUCGAUAGACUUCAACCCUAGUUGCCCAUAUCAAUUGGCCUUCCAUCUUGAUGAUGGCUGGUCUGGAGUCCUCAAUGUUAACAACCUCAGUGUGACUCACCUGCACUGCCCUCCUCCUGCUUGGUUGGAGAGCACGGAUUUGGUGUUGCAAAAACAGCUAAGAAAACCAACCUGGCUGCCGACAUCUUCAAUUUAUGCAGUUGGAUCUUCCUCAUAUGAUGGAAUUUAUGUACUGGAUUUUCAUCCAGACACGAGCUCCGCAUGCCAUGUGGACUACAAAGAGGAAACGAGAGGCCUCGAGGAAAAUCAACCUGUGGAAAACAAGCUUGUCCCUUUAUCCCAAAGGGUGCUUUCUUGUGCAGCUCAUCCACUCAGUCACACCAUAAUCGCCGGUACACAGUACUCAUCGUUGCUCAUGCUAUCACAAAAACACGAGAGUACCACAAAUCUGGAGUCGUGAACGUCUGCUGUUUCCUCCAAUUCACGCAACAUCCCCAAUCGCACAUUUGUAGAAUUUGCAACGGUGUUUGCUCAUUACCAUCCUGUGCUAAAGAAUUGUGUGUGGCAUGGAGACCAUGCUUGGAUCUUGUUGGCCGGUCACUAGAUGGCAGAUAUCUGCAGGCCAUCAGAACCCACAAAAUUCAACAUGCUGCCAGUAACCUGUUUCCUAUCUGAUGAAUACGCAGCCAUUCUCACAAAUGCCCUAGGAUGCAGUGAUGCUGUAGACCCUCAUGGCAAGCUCGAUGCUUCCAGCCUUCUAAGGGACGGAAGGUGCCCUUGCUUGUAAUUAUUUGUUCAUUAUUUCGACGACAUGAGUUAUGUUAUGUCAUACAGAUAUGCCAUGUAACCCUGGUAUCACUGCAACUUGUGUUCAAUUCUGUACAUGAUCUCCGCUUUUCUCUGAA